CGUACCAUCUCAUCUUCCCUAUCAAUCCUCCCAUACAAACUCCGAUCACUUAGCUACUUAUUUUCCGAUAGGUUCAUCAGAAUUAUAAUGUCCGGCGUUUGGGUUUUCAAGAACGGAGUUGUCCGGCUAGUGGAGAAUCCAGGAGCUGAUUCUCUCGACGGAAGCAGACAAGCCCGCCGAAAAGUUCUUAUUUUCACUCCAAGUAACGAAACUAUAACUUCAUAUUCAGUUCUUGAACACAAACUGUAUUCACUCGGUUGGGAACGGUAUUAUGACGAUCCUGACCUUCUCCAAUUCCAUAAAAGAUCCACCGUUCAUCUCAUCUCUCUCCCCAAAGAUUUCAACAAGUUCAAAUCCAUGCACAUGUUCGAUAUCGUCGUUAAAAAUCGUAACAUGUUCGAAGUCAGAGACAUGUAAUAAUGGGUUUGUGCAUGUGUAUGUGUUUGUGAGUGUGUAUUAUAUUUGAUUAUGGUAUGAGAGUGUGUGUUUCUUUUGUGUGGGGAGAUUAGGACAAAUGCAGUUUAAGGGUUUGUUUUUAGGUUUGUUGAUGAUGAGUUACGUGACUUGGGAUGUGUUAUAGUCAUUGUAAAUUUAUCACGGUUUCUUUUUGUGGGAAAUGAAAAAAUUCUGCUUCUUCUGUGUGA